AUGGCACCGGAACCCCAUGAGGAAAUGCUCAAGCAGCUUCUCUCACCCUCAACACAUCCACUAUUCUCCUUACCGGUAUCACCAUGUAAGCCUAUCAUAGAUUCAUCACGCAUCAGCGAUCUAUCACUGCACCCGGUGCUGGAAUCAUUGCUGCAUAUUCUCAACCUGGACUUACCCAGUGCGCAUUUUCUGCUCCGGCACAUGCAAGCCGCACCAGCGUAUGAAGCCAUGUACCUGCAUGGCAUCUUACAUCGAAUUGAAGGCGACUUGGACAAUACAAGGGCAUGGUACAGGGAUGUUCAGGACUCCGAUGUGUUCAGGGCCGUGUGGAGUGGGGAAGGCAGUGGUUUUGGUGGCGGUGACGAAGAUGUGACAAGGGAUCAACAGGCCCAUUCUUCCAUAGCUGACGAUGCCACUACCGACAAAGACAGUGAGAAUGCAGCUCCAGGAACCAACAGCAUGAAAGUCCCUAUCGAACGUGCACUUUCAUUUAUUGACCAACUCGCCAGAGCCAGGGCACCGAUACGAUCAGGUCACAUUGCGCCGGCGAGUCUCAUCCAUACUUCGCUAGAUGAGCUUUCGCGAGUAUGGCAAUUUUGUAAGGAGAAAUUUGGGACCGAACCGGUGGUAGAAGCUUCCAAUGUAUGGGUGUCCAUGGCCGAGAAGAAUGCAGAUAUCGCCGAGAAAAUGAUUACAGGUGGUGAAGGAUGGAGGGAAUUCUAG